GAAAACAAGGCAGACGAAGACGACAGGCUCAAUGGAAUAACAUCCAGCGCCAGAAGGCUCCCCGGGACUUUCGCCAUCACGGAGAUUGGGUGGAACUCAGCCUGCGUUUCUCCUUCACCUGCAGCUCUAAACGUUUCUCAUCAUGGCUGGAGCGUCGGUGAAAGUGGCCGUAAGGGUUCGACCCUUCAACUCCAGAGAGAUCAACAAAGAGAGCAAGUGCAUUAUUCAGAUGUCGGGGAACACCACCACGAUCAUCAACCCUAAACAACCGAAAGAGAACAAGAGCUUCAACUUUGACUAUUCAUACUGGUCUCACACAUCGCCGGAGGAUGUUAACUACGCCUGUCAGAAACAGGUGUACAAGGACAUUGGCGAGGAAAUGCUGCUUCACGCAUUCGAAGGCUACAAUGUCUGCAUCUUUGCGUACGGCCAGACCGGAGCGGGAAAAUCCUACACCAUGAUGGGCAAACAGGAGAAAGACCAACAGGGCAUAAUACCUCUGCUCUGUGAAGAUCUAUUCACCAAGAUUAGUGACAACGGAGACAAUAACAUGUCCUACUCUGUGGAGGUCAGUUAUAUGGAGAUCUACUGUGAGCGAGUGAGAGAUCUGCUGAACCCAAAGAAUAAAGGAAACCUGCGUGUGAGAGAGCAUCCCCUCAUGGGGCCGUACGUGGAAGAUCUGUCCAAGAUGGCCGUCACGUCCUACAACGACAUCCAGGACCUGAUGGACUCGGGCAACAAAGCCAGAACCGUAGCAGCUACGAACAUGAACGAGACGAGCAGCCGCUCUCACGCCGUCUUUAACAUCAUCUUCACACAGAAGCGCUUUGACUGUGACACGGACAACACCUUGGAAAAGGUCAGCAAAAUCAGCCUGGUGGACUUGGCAGGCAGUGAGAGAGCCGACUCAACCGGAGCCAAAGGCACCAGACUGAAGGAAGGAGCAAACAUUAAUAAAUCCCUGACCACACUGGGCAAAGUGAUUUCUGCUUUAGCUGAAGUGGACUCGUUACCAAACAAGAACAAGAAGAAGAAGAAGGCGGAAAGCUUCAUCCCCUACAGAGACUCUGUACUCACCUGGCUGCUCAGGGAAAACCUGGGUGGAAACUCGCGUACUGCCAUGGUAGCAGCUCUGAGUCCUGCAGAUAUUAACUAUGAUGAGACCCUCAGCACUCUCAGAUAUGCUGAUCGUGCGAAGCAGAUUCGUUGUAACGCUGUCAUUAAUGAAGACCCCAACAACCGUUUGGUGCGUGAGCUGAAGGAGGAAGUGGCUCGUCUGAAGGACCUGCUGUACGCCCAAGGCCUCGGCGAUAUCAUAGAGACCUAUCGAGCUACUGGUCCUGGAAUACCUGCUCUGAAAUACUUGUCCAGCUACAGCGCUAAUAUGAAUAAUCUCUGGGCUGUCAAUCAAAGCCGUGAUCUCUUCACAGUGACCAAUGCGAUGACAGGGAUGAGUCCCUCUCCCUCGCUCUCGGCUCUCUCCAGUCGUGCCGGAUCCAUCAGCAACUUACACGACCGGAUCAUAUUCACCCCCGGCAGCGAGGAAGCCAUCGAGAGGCUUAAGGAAACAGAGAAGAUCAUUGCAGAGCUCAAUGAGACGUGGGAGGAGAAACUGCGGCGCACUGAGGCCAUCAGAAUGGAGAGGGAGGCUCUUCUGGCUGAAAUGGGCGUGGCCAUGAGGGAAGAUGGAGGCACGGUCGGAGUGUUUUCACCCAAAAAGACGCCUCAUCUGGUCAAUUUGAAUGAAGACCCGCUGAUGUCUGAAUGUUUGCUGUACUACAUCAAAGACGGAAUCACCAAGGUGGGCCGUGAUGAUGCUAGCUGUAGGCAGGACAUUGUCCUGAGUGGACACUUCAUUAAAGAAGAGCACUGCAUCUUCACGAGCAGCACCGGACCUUCAGGAGAGGGAGUGGUGGUACUGGAGCCGUGUGAGGACUCAGAGACGUACGUCAACGGCAAGAGAGUGACUGAGCCCACAGUUCUCAGAUCAGGGAACCGUAUCAUUAUGGGAAAGAGCCAUGUGUUCCGAUUUAAUGACCCGGAGCAGGCAAGGCAGGAACGCGAGAGGACGCCAUGUGCCGAGACCCCCAUGGAGCCCGUGGACUGGGCCUUCGCUCAGAGGGAGCUUCUGGAGAAACAGGGCAUAGACAUGAAACAGGAGAUGGAGCAGAGACUGCAGGAGCUAGAGGAUCAGUACCGCAGAGAGCGAGAGGAGGCGAGCAACCUUCUGGAGCAGCAGAGACUGGACUAUGAGAGUAAGCUGGAGGCUCUUCAGAGGCAGGUCGACUCCCGAUAUUACCCAGAAACCACAGAAGAGGAAGAGGAACUGGAAGAAGAUGUGCCGUGGACUAAGCAUGAAACCGAGCUGGCACUCUGGGGUUUCCGGAAAUGGCGCUUCUACCAGUUCACCUCACUGCGGGACCUGCUGUGGGGCAAUGCCAUUUUCCUCAAAGAGGCCAACGCCAUCAGCGUCGAGCUCAAGAAGAAGGUUCAGUUCCAGUUUGUUUUACUGACGGACACGCUUUACUCUCCGCUCCCUCCUGAUCUCCUGCCUCCCAGCGUGGCUAAAGACCGUGAGAAGAGACCUUUCCCUCGCACUAUCGUAGCUGUAGAGGUGCAGGAUCAGAAGAACGGAGCCACUCAUUACUGGACCUUAGAUAAAUUAAGGCAGAGGUUGGAUCUGAUGAGGGAGAUGUACGACCGAGCAGCUGAUAUUCCCAGCAGCACCGUGGAUGACUGUGACCACGCCCUGACCGGCGGUGACCCCUUCUAUGAUCGCUUCCCCUGGUUCCGCCUGGUUGGGAGCACUCCCAUUCUGAACACGUGCAUGAGCGAGCGCAUGAGAGACCCCUCCCCCUCCCCCACCCUCUCCGAGCCCGACUCGGACGUAACCGAGCUCGCAGACGAGCGGCAUUAUGGGAAGGAGGAGGAGGAGGAGUUGGAGGACCUGGACGAUGAGAUCAGUGUGGAGGAGGGCCAUCAGUGCCGAGGCCAGGACCCCUUUUACGACCGCUGGCCUCUGUUCUGUUUAGUGGGAAGGGCAUUUGUGUACCUGAGUAACCUGCUGUACCCUGUCCCUCUGGUGCACCGUGUGGCGAUAGUGAGUGAGAAAGGCGAGGUGAAGGGUUUCCUCCGGGUCGCCGUGCAGGCCGUCUCAGCUGAUGAAGAAGCUCCAGAUUACGGCUCGGGCGUCAGACAGUCAGGAACGGCUAAGAUCUCAUUUGAGGAUCAGCAGUUCGAGAAGUUUCAGACAGAGUCGUGUGUAGGUGGGAUGUCUCACUCUAACACGUCUCAGGAGGAACUGCGCAUCGUAGAGGGAGAAGGACAAAAUGCUGAACCGAGUCUCUCAGCCGACGAGGUCAACAACAACACAUGCACAAUCACCCCGGAUGUCCCUGGCAGUCCUCAGAAGGAAGGUGUGGAGGGUGUAGCGGAUGCCGUACAGGAACAAACACUUUCACACCUGAAGAUUGGAAGCAGCUUCACCUUCAGAGUCACCGUCCUGCAGGCGUCCAGCAUCUCCGCCGAGUACGCUGACAUCUUCUGCCAGUUCAACUUCAUCCACCGGCAUGAUGAGGCGUUUUCCACAGAGCCGCUGAAGAACACGGGCCGAGGGCCGCCACUGGGCUUCUACCACGUCCAGAACAUCACGGUGGACGUGACUAAAUCGUUUGUGGAAUACAUUAAGACUCAGCCCAUAGUGUUCGAGGUGUUUGGACAUUAUCAGAAGCAGCCAUUCCCUCCUCUGUGUAAAGACCUCAUCAGUCCUCUGCGUCCAUCGAGACGUCAGUUCCCUCGCGUCAUGCCUUUGUCCAAACCAGUUCCGGCGACUAAGCUGAGUGCGAUGGCUCGCUCCUCGGCCGGUCCGUGUCACUGUAAAUACGACCUGAUGGUGUUCUUUGAGAUCUGUGAGCUGGAGGCUAACGGCGACUACAUCCCGGCCGUGGUCGAUCACAGGGUGGGAAUGCCCUGCCAUGGAACCUUCCUGCUGCACCAGGGCAUCCAGAGGAGGAUCAGAGUGACUAUAGCUCAUGAGACAGGACAUGACAUCGUAUGGAAGGAAGUGAAGGAGCUCGUUAUCGGUCGAAUCCGUAACACACCUGAAGCUGACGAGACCAUCAUCGACCCCAACAUCCUGUCCCUCAACAUCCUCUCUUCCAGCUACCUUAAACCUUCUUACGAAGACAGGACGUUUUAUCGGUUCGAGGCGGCGUGGGACAGCUCCAUGCACAACUCCCUGCUCCUGAACCGGGUCACGCCAUACGGAGAGAAAAUCUACAUCACUCUCUCAGCGUACCUCGCGAUGGAGAACUGCAACCAGCCUACGGUCAUCACCAAAGACUUCUGCAUGGUGUUCUACUCGAGAGACGCCAAGCUUCCUGCGUCACGCUCCAUCCGGAACCUGUUCAGCACCGGAGCUCUCAGGCCCUUAGAGGGUAAUCGUGUGACUGGAGUGUAUGAGCUCAGCCUGUGCCAUCUGGCGGAUGUUGGAAGUCCAGGAAUGCAGAGGAGGCGUCGGCGUGUGUUGGACACCUCAGUGGCGUACGUUCGUGGUGAGGAGAACCUCGCUGGGUGGAGGCCUCGCAGUGACAGUCUCAUCCUGGAUCAUCAGUGGGAGUUGGAGAAGCUCAGUCUCCUGCAAGAGGUGGAGAAGACGAGACACUACCUGCUGUUGAGAGAGAAGCUGGAAGCGUCUGUUUUGCUGAGUCAGGAGUCUCUGUGCAGUAAAGACCUGAUGGAGUCGCCCAAAUCCCCAAGUCCCAAUUUGGCAGGCAGCCCCAUUCUGGAUGGAACCAAUGAGAGACAAAGGGAGCUGGCUGCCAAGUGUCUACGACUGCUCAUGCACACCUUUGACAGGCAGUACAGCCAGGUGAGCUGCAGUGCCAGUGAGAGCAAGCUGUCGGAGAUGUCGGCAUCUCUGCUGAGAGACACGUCCUCCUCUGCGCUGAGCUCACUCACUCCAUCCACUACCUGUCCUUCUCUGGUGGACGGUCACUAUGGAAACCUCGACCUCAGUGGUGCAGAGGCUCACUCUGGAGCCUCCAGUCCGGAUUUGGACCCGUUCAGUCCUGAGGAGAGGAAACCCCGAAACUGCACCUUCGUCCCCAACAUCCAAGAGAUCCGUGUCAGCCCCAUAGUGUCUAAGAAAGGCUACCUGCACUUCCUGGAGCCUCACACCAGUGGCUGGGUGAAGCGUUAUGUGGUGGUGCGGCGUCCGUACGUCUAUCUGUACCGCAGCGAGAGAGACAGCGUGGAGAGAGCCGUCAUUAACCUGUCCUCCGCCCAGGUGGAGUACAGCGAGGAGCAGCACGGCCUCCUGAGGACCCCGAACGCGUUUGCGGUGGUCACUGAGCAUCGUGGGAUCCUCCUGCAGGCCAGCAGCGAUAAAGAAAUGCACGACUGGCUCUACGCUUUCAACCCACUGCUGGCGGGAACCAUCAGGUCGAAACUCUCCAGGACAAAAUCCGCUCAGAUGAGGAUGUAAACGAAACGCUGACGAUCCUCCAUCUGAGCUUAAACGCAGAAACUCAACACACUCCUGUGCUGUAAAUACUGGUGUGAAGAUAAUAAUAAUAGCCUGUGCCUGCCUCCCCCUCUACUGCCCCUCUGCCUCUGUGUGUGUGUGUGUGUGUGUGUGUGAGAGAGAGAGAGAGAGAGAGAGAGAGUGAAAGAGAGUGUGAGAGAGUAUAAAUGAGUAUGAAUUUAUGGGUAUGUCACUAGCAAAAGUCCUAAGUACUGUAACUCGCGUAACCGCGUUAAAAAUCUCGCUUCUUAGUGAUAAUUAUGAUAAAAAAUCAGCACCAUACGAAACGCCUCUGUUUUAAAAUGUAAAGAGUUUAGCUGCUGUAAAUGCGACACAAUGCUGCAUAUAUAUAUAUAUAUAUAUAU